UUCACACCGUGGUUCACAAAUUUUGUCAGUUGCUUUCGCUUGGGCAUCGUGUUGAUAAAAUUUUCGCCAUUGUAAAAAUAACUUGAUUUUUCUCAGUAAAAUAUACUUUAUUUGCUCUUAGUUCCGUGAUUAUACUACAAAAAAUACACAUCCAAAAUGUCUAUGUCAAAAACAACAAAUACAUACAACAGGCAAAAUUGGGAAGAUGCCGAGUUUCCAAUCCUGUGUCAGACUUGCCUUGGCGACAAUCCCUAUGUGCGAAUGAUCAAGGAACGCUUCGGUAAGGAAUGCAAGAUUUGUACACGCCCUUUUACCAUAUUUCGCUGGUGUCCCGGAGCACGUAUGCGUUUCAAGAAAACCGAAAUUUGCCAGACAUGCGCUCGUCUGAAAAAUGUAUGUCAGACAUGUCUACUGGACUUGGAGUACGGUUUGCCGAUACAAGUGCGUGAUGCUGCACUUAAAGUAGCAGAUACCAUUCCGCAGAGUGAUGUGAAUAAGGAAUACUAUAUACAGAAUAUAGAUCGCGAUUUAGCAGACGGUGACGGUACUGAGGCCGCGGGUGCAGUUGGCCGUUCAUUGGCCGCUAACGAGAUGUUGGCAAAACUUGCACGUACCGCGCCUUAUUAUAAGCGGAAUAGGCCACAUAUUUGCUCAUUCUGGGUUAAAGGUGAGUGCAAACGUGGUGAAGAGUGUCCGUAUCGUCACGACAAACCAAACGAACCCGAUGAUCCACUUUGCGAGCAGAAUAUAAAAGAUCGUUAUUAUGGACGCAACGAUCCGGUUGCUGAAAAAAUUAUGAAACGUGCAGCCACAUUGCCCACACUGGAACCACCAGAAGAUCGCAAUAUCACAACUUUAUAUGUUGGUAAUUUACCUGAAGAAAUAACGGAACCAGAACUGCGUGACCAGUUUUAUCAGUACGGCGAGAUACGUUCUAUUGCUCUAGUGCCACGCCAGCAAUGUGCGUUUGUUCAGUAUACAAAGCGUGGCGCAGCCGAGUUGGCAGCAGAACGUACUUUUAACAAACUUGUGUUGCACGGACGUAAAGCGACUAUCAAGUGGGCGCAUUCCCAGGCGAAACAGAGUGGUUUGGCGAAAACCGAUAGACGUUUUGAAGUGCCCGCUGUGGCCCCAACACCGGUGGCUAAUCCAAAUGAUUUCUUCAACCUUCAACAAGAACAGGUUACCGUGCUGCCGCCCGGUAUGAAGCUACAUCAAAUACCACCGAGUCUUAUACCUGCCUCUUCGUAUCAAAUGUACUCACAGGCUUAUGCAGCGCCCUACUCCAAUAUUCCAAUACCAUCUACCUCUGCGGCGGCUUUGGACGCGAUUCCACCACCACCAACCGGUGGCGCACCAGGACAAGUACACUAUCCUAGUCAGGAUCCUAGUCGUUUAGGUGCUGUGAAAAAGUGACAGUAAUAACUCUAAUGCAAUUGGCUUUGUAUGCAUAUUCGUUUAGAACAUUUUGAAUAAAAAAUAAUAAUUUCAAUAA